AUAGCCGUUGAGACGUUUUUUAAAAGUCAACAGAUAUCUAACGUGAGCUCAUGCGUUAUAGCGAAUGUAAAUAUGGUUCUGUUUAAGCAACAGAUACAUUGAUUCGUGUUCGAAUGUUUUUGCAUUGCGUCGAAGAAAAAAAAUAUACUUAGCCUGGUCAACUUAUUUAGAUUUGGCUAGCUACAGCGGAACCUCUACUACGAACAACCAGUGAAUAAAACAAGCCUUUUUGCACACCAAGCCACCAUUCAUAGGUCAUGUGAGCACUGACAAGAUGAGGACAGGCUUAGACAAGAAGCACAUAAUGGCAUGUUUUAAAGAGAUUCCAACACAGAUGCAAAACAAAGUCAUGGGACUUUGAAUCUUGGAACAGUGGUGGACCUUCCCAAGAGUGGCCAGUCUACCAAACCUCACUAAAAACUCAUCAACGACUCAUCCAGGAGGUCACAGAAGAACCCAGACAGUCCUCACUUGCCUUAGUUAAGGCCCUGGUCAUGCCGUCAAGUGUAAAGGUAGGAAGUUUAAAGGACCCUGAGGUGGCUGAGCUCUUCUACAAAGAGGAUCCAGAGAAACUCUUUACUGACCUACACGAGAUUGGCCAUGGCAGCUUUGGAACAGUUUACUUUGCUCGUGACAUUCGCACUAAUGAGGUGGUGGCCAUUAAAAAGAUGUCAUACAGUGGCAAGCAGUCAAAUGAGAAGUGGCAGGAUAUAAUCAAGGAGGUUAAGUUUCUACAGAAACUCCGGCACCCAAACACGGUGGACUACAAAGGCUGCUACUUGCGAGAACACACAGCAUGGGUGGUGAUGGAACAUUGUUUGAUCUCGGCCUCUGACCUGAUAGAAGUACACAAAAAGCCAUUGCAGGAAGUUGAGAUUGCAGUGAUUAUCCAUGGUGCUUUACUCGGCUUGGUGUACCUUCACUCACGCAAUAUGAUUCACAGAGACGUAAAGGCUGGAAAUGUCCUGCUAACAGAGACAGGCCAGGUCAAACUGGGAGACUUUGGCUCUGCUUCCAUUGUGGCCCCUGCCAACUCUUUUGUAGGCACACCUUACUGGAUGGCUCCAGAGGUGAUCCUGGCCAUGGAUGAGGGUCAGUAUGAUGUAAAAGUAGACGUUUGGUCACUUGGGAUAACAUGUAUAGAACUGGCGGAAAGAAAACCUCCCUUGUAUAACAUGAAUGCAAUGAGUGCCUUAUACCACAUUGCCCAGAAUGAAAGCCCAGUGCUACAGUCUAAUCACUGGUCAGAUUAUUUUCGAAAUUUUGUGAAUUCCUGUCUGCAAAAGACUGCCCCUAACAGACCUACCUCUGACAUGCUUCUUAAACAUCAUUUUCUGAGUUGUCAGCAUCCACUGACAAUAAUAAUGAAUCUGAUCACACACACCAAAGAUGCUGUCCGUGAGCUGGACAACAUGCAGUACCGCAAAAUGAAAAAGAUUCUCUUCCAGGAAAGGCAUAAUGGUCCUGCUACUGAGGGCUCUAAGGAAGACGAGGAGGUAGAGCACUACAUGCUGCAAACAGGCACAGAAAACAGCAUGGAGAGCUCACACUCACUGCCCUCCAUGUCAGUUAGUGUCAGCUCACAGAACUCUUCACUGAACAGCCUGGCUGAUGGGUCGGACAACAGCAGCGAGAUGGCCAUGAUGCAGGAGGGAAAGCAUUUGGUUACCUCUAACAUCUCUCUACCUCACAAGCCUCUGGACAUGAACAAAAAGCAGACAUUAAAGAACCUGGAGUGUGCCAUGCUUCUACAGCACCAUGAAACCACACUGGAGCUCCAUCAGCUGGGCCUGGUGCAGAGCAUGCAAGCUGAGCUAAUCCGCAGUCAGCAUCAGAGCAAACUCACCAACCAGCUUGGUACAGAGUACAACAGGCAGUGGAAGCAAGAGUUGCAACAAAAACGUGCUGUCCACCAACUGCCCAAGAGCCUUAGAGUGAGUGAGUGUGACACAGAAAGCAGUGGUCCUGAAACGCAAGGGCAAAGACUAGAGGACUCAAAUGAAGGGCUGGUAUGGGAAAAGUCAGGGAACGUUUUAGAGGGGUUGGGGAGGGAAGAGGUUAUUAAAGUGUUUUAUGAGUGUGAUCCAGCUGUCCAGGUAAGUGCCCAGCAGGUAUGGACUAAAAAGUCAGUUAAAAGUGGAAAUGAAGGAUGGGAGAGUUUGAGUAAAGGGAAGGAUGUUGAAGAAAACUGUUUGCAUUCUUUAGCUAAGCAUGCUGCUUUAAGAGAGAUUCAAGAUGAAGUGAUGCCGCUAAAGCAUGCAAAAGAGAAAAAUAUAGAUAAGCACAGUAUGAAUUUCCACAUGCCAGAGGGAGAAAACAAAGAAUGGUCAGAGGGGAUGUGUAAGGAGCAGAGACAAGUAGACAUACAGCAAUGGGAUGAAGACGAUAUUGCAAGCAGUGACACAGAAAUAGAAACCAGAGAAGAGGGCAGAGGCGUUGCGGAUGGUUGUCCGUCAGAGCUUAUCCCUGCGUCUUCGCUUGAGCUUUCAGAAUUAGACGAGCUGUCUGAAUUCUACUUUCCUGACACUCUAGAAGAACUCGAACCUUCUCCCCUCUUUCUUCCACCCAGCCCCCCAGUGUCUCAGACAUCUCUUCCUUCUCUGUUUUCCCAUGCCGUCAGCCUUGUUCUUUCCCUGUCUGCAGCUGUUCAGCCGUCAUUUCCCACCUUUUUUUUGCUUUCUGUCUUUCUUCUCUCCCUGCGUCGAUCACCUCCUUUUCCAUCACUUGCUUCUCUUCUUUUGUCAGCCGAACUGGCCUUUUUAGCUCUCUUUUUCUCCUAUCUCUUUCUACGAUCAUUUUGCUCUCUUUCUCUCUCAGCAUUCCUAUUACUUGUGCAUUGGGCAUCUGGCCUUUUUAACCUAUGUCUUGCACUACGCCUGGGCCUUUAUUACAUUCCGGUUGCCUUUAUCUCUAUCUUCUUUCUCAGCUCACCCUCAGUCUUCUUCUCCCUCUACAUAACAUUGGUGCUGAUAGUACGACCAGCACGCAUGUUCUUGCAAAAUGUUCCACGAAAGUUCACCCGCCUCUGGGUGCGCUUGCUUUUUCGUUUACCAAAGCCACUCUUUGCUCUUUGCCAGUCCCUUGCAGGUGGUUUGGCCGAACGAAGCUUGUUUGACAUGUUUCCAAAAGCAGGCCGCAACUAUGGUGGCAGGCGCUCACGAAUUCCUGUGCCUGCCAGGAGCCUGCCAACCUACUGCCAGCCCAAGAGCAAGUCUGGGUGUUACAUUUGGCUCAAGCGCUUUGUUCAUCGACCCCUUGGGGUUUUGGCAGACCUGGCAAACUUACUAGUACUUCGAUUAGCAAGCCGAAUCUUUAGAAAACUUCCCUCACAUUAUCUGACCACGCUAAGAGCCUUUGGGCUCUUAAGGGAGGAGAAACUGAGCAGGCUACCCCGACUUUUACCACUUGAAGUGAGGCAACAGAGGUAUAGGAUAAGGGAGAGGAGAGAGAGGGAGCGUCGAAGAAGAGAGGAAAGGGAAAGGAUGUACAGAAUAGAGGGGAGGUGGGAAAGUGAGCUGAGAAGGACUAACUCAGAAAGAAGCACAAGAGGAAAGAUCAUGCCGUGGAGGUAGAUAAAAAACAGGAAAGUGAGAUAGAGGGGUAAUGGACUGGCUUUCUUGUGUAUUGCUUUUUGUACCGAUGACGUUUGCAUACAACUUGUGACAUGUAUGUUAUGUUAGCCUUAUGAUUUCUGGGGUUUUUUUUUUUUUACUUUUUGAAAGACUACUUAAAAAAAAAAAAAAAAAAAACAUUUUUACAAGUGUUUGUUUUUUUCAUAUGUUUAUUGUAUGUUUUUUUG